CCUCUGAACCCCCUAAGCGUACUGAAGGGAGUCCUAUUACUGGUACACCUAGUGGAUCUAUAAGUUUUGUUAGACCUAUGCUCCCCCCAGACCCAGCGCUCAGAAAAGCAUUGUUCCCCAUACCAGACCUCAAGAUUACCCAGUGCUCUUCUGGGGAGGAAGAGGAUGAUAGUCUUGCGGAUGAAUAUGGUGUUGGUAUUUCUUCUGACAUUACACCCAGUGAUGACUCUGAGACCAAAGAAGAAAGUCCACUUUUGUCUGAAACAGGCGAUAUUGAGCCUAUUUCUGUGGUCUGUGAAGUUCCGGAGCCAAAACCUAUUCCAACACCGAUAUCAGCUCCAGAACUGACCACAACACCUUCCCCUGUUUCACCAGUCUCUCCUCCAACUUCACCAGCAACUCCAGAUUCCAGCUUGGCUUCUAAUGCUACAUCACCAUUUCAGUCUCAAACACCUCUUUCAUCAGACUCAACUCCACUGUCCACACCAACACCCCCAACGUCAUUUUUGACCAAAUCAAUCCCAGAAAUCUCUUCACCAUCUUCUGCAGCAGUUACAGCAGUAUCAUCAAGCAGGGAGUCUGUCUCUGAUACCAUUCCAGCUACGGUUAUAGUUACCAUACCAGAUGUGGUGUCUGAUCCAUCAAAAGCUCCAACAGCUCAAGUUCAACAAACAGUUUAUGCAGCUAAAGCCCCAGUAGAAAGGCCCUCUCUGGAACCUGUAACUGUUCAAAUGCCAGAUUUGGUGUCAUCUCCUUCCCAAGUGCCCUCUGAGGUUCCAGCUGCUAUACAGGUCUCAGCACCGAGACCAACACCUGUUGUUGUCUCAUCUCAACCUACAGCCCUUGUUGCGGCACCACCUGUUGCCGCCUCCACUGCAACGUCAACCCACAUUGUUUCUACAUCAGUCCCUCUGACCUCAAGCCCCGGGCCAGUCAUAGUCCAGAUGCCUGACUUGGUUUCAACCACAUCUCCAAUUUCUGCACAAGCCCCACUACCAGUCUCAGCACUUGUAACUUCCCCAGCUCCAACCCAAGCUAAAGUAGGACACUCAGUCCCAGUGCACCCCCCUGUCCCAUCUAUGCGUCCAGCGGCGGUCCCAAUGCCAACUCAAACAGCUCAGGGGCCUGGCACAGCUCCAUCAUCAACUACUAUAGUCAAAAAGAAGGUCCCACCCCCACCUCCCCCUCGAUCGACUUCAGUGUCAUUAUCUGAGCCUAUCACAGAUUCGCAACUUGUUAAGGGUGUUCAGCAUGCCACCCCUACAAAGGCAGCUGCCUCAGCUACAACAACUACAGGUUCUGGCCAGCAAAUGCAGUCAGUAGUUGUUGAUAUACAGCCAAGAAUGGAGGAUCUACAACCAGAUAGUGCAGCUGUACCUCAAGUAGUAACCCAAACAAGACAAGGGCAUGUGGUGUUUAUAGUGCCCAGUGGAGAAAACUUAUCUCUGCUAGGACAAGUCCCGCAAGACAUAGCUAGCACUGGGCCAACAGCUCCCACUCCUUCUCUGCCUCAAACAACUCAAAAAGCACCACAUGUACACAGUAUACCCAGUACAGAUUCAGCUUUACUGUCCAGUAAAGUGUCAGCUUCAGUUCCACCACUUCCUCCUAAACCCAUCACAAAAGUUGCUGAUACAGUAGAAAUACCAGUAGCAGAUACACCUCCACCAGCUCCUACCACUUUGCCUAAGCCAACUGUUUAUCCAAAGCCACCAGUGUCUGCUGUUAUGAUCACAGCUACAGCAACAGCACCACAGGUUUCUGUUACAACACCUGCUGCUAGUCAAGCCACCAAACCUCCUCCACCCAUACCACCAAAGCCUAUAUCAAUUCCAGCUGGACUGGUUUUCAGCCAUAAGCCAGGUGAGAGUGUCAAGCCUCCGUUUUAUGCUGUUCCUAAAGCCGCAACACUGCCCAGGACUAAAGAACCACCAAAUGCUCUGUCACUUAGCCAUACACGCCCUGUGGAGUCAAAAUUGGGAGCAUCAUCUCCCAAGUCCCCAUUGUCUCCAAGACAUGUCAAAUGUAUACAAACCUAUGUGGUGAUAACCCUUCCAUCCGAGCCUGGUUCUCCUACAGAGGUAAUAACGGUCCAGGCUCCAGUGAGACGUGGCUCCAUCCCAUCUACUAGAGUGGCAGGGGUACGGGCUACACCAAUAGAGCAGAAAACAUCAACUGAUGGAUUUUCAGCACAAGCUACAGUUAGAAGAGCAUCUGUGCCUACUGUAAGGCAUCACCCUCCAAUACAAGCUCCAAUUGUAGCAGUAGAGCAAGUGACACCUGUAGAGGUAGUGGCUGUGAAAGCCAGGCGAGACUCUUUGCCUUCUGUUGUGCAACCACCAAUAUCUGUGGCUUCAGAUCAGGAUACACCUAUUCAGGCCCAAACUGUGCCUGCUCCACUUAAGAAACCAUAUGUCCAAGAGCAAUUAGUCACUCAGCCACCACCACCAGUUAAAGCAGUCUCUGAGGGCAUAGCAGUGCCCACAGAGCAGAAGGAUUCUAUUCAACCAUUAACAAUUGAAGCCACAGCAGGGGAACAAUCCAAACCAUCUGUUGAUCAGCACCAAAUCAGUGCCCCAGAGUCCGCAACAGUUCAACCAGAGGUUUCACCUGUAGAAUUCAUUCCUUCUGACACAAUUCAAACUCUUCAUGCGCAGCUGCAGCAACCUGCAACAGAAGUUUUUGCAGUGCCCGUCCAACCUGAACUAUCUUUCCAUGCACCUAUUCCCCAAGACAGACAAGCUGCAGUUUCCUCAACUAUUUAUUACCCUCAAAUAGAAACUCAGAUUGAAAUCCCAGAAGGAGACCAGGAUAUGCCUACUGGUGUCAUUGUAACCAGUAUAGUAAGCUCACCUGUACCAGAGCAAAAGCAGGAAAUUCCUAUUCAGCAACAACCUGUGGCAGCUGAAGUGAUGGUUCAAGAAUUGCCAAAAGAUGUUCUCAUAAUUAACAGUUUUGCCGACCUUCAAUCACUACCACAAACAGUUCAGCCUGUACAAGUUCCUCCCUUAGCGGCAGAACAGAUAUCUAUGCAGCAACCCCAUCUAGUUGCUGAGGUUCAGACCCUACCAUCAAGGUACGAAUCACCAUCAGAGGUUAUUUCAACUGAUACUCCUGUACGAAUACCAGCAGUAGCAACAGUUUCUCCAGUACAGCAACCUCAACAUUUUGCAGCUGAAGUCACUCCAGCCCCUGAAGUAGCAAGGGUAAUGCCAGUCUCAACAGUUGCUAACAUUACACCUCCUACAGUUGCUAAAGUCAUGCCAUCACCUCUUGGGACAGAAAUACAACAAAUGGCAGUACAACCAGAAGUACCUUCUGAUACCUAUAUGUCACAGAUCUAUGGAGCAAAUGCAUCAAUCAUGCCAUAUUCAACAAUACCACCAGAAAUCAAAGCUUUGCAGCCUGAGCGUGAGACACCCACAGAAAUUAUAACACAAGAUGUGGAUGUGAGAAGAACUUCAAUACCAUCAACGGUGCAACCUCUGGCUGGGAUGCCAGUUGGAGUCAUUACAACUGAGGAAACCACCAGUAGGAGAAGGACAUCUAUAUCAUCCAUAGUUCAGCCCUCGUACACCACAGGUGAUAUGUUUACCUAUCCCCCUGGAUAUGAACUACCCACAGAGGUGGUUACGACUGAGGCCUUUGCUGCCACCAGAAGAGAAUCAAUAACCAUGCAACAAAAAUUACCUUACGCACAGGUCAUAAACUUGCCAGCUGAAAAAGACACUACUACUGAUGGUCAUCCUGUUCAGUUCCCCUACAGAAGAGGAUCUAUUCCUUCAACGGAACAAAUACCACAGACAUUACAUUAUUUAUCAGAGUAUGAGCGACCUCUCGAGAUAAUAACCACUGAGGCAUACAGCAGAAGAACUUCAGUGCCCUCCUCACAAAACAUUCCACAGGGUGUACCUGUGGCUCCAGUCACUAUCACUAAAAUUCAACAAGAGUCUAUUGAAAGCCAAGAGAUUCGAGGACCUGAAAAGGUGGUAUCAAGUAUGAGUCACAUGUAUUCCUCUUCAAUUUCCACCUCAGGCCAGCCUCCUGAAAGCCUGCCUAAUCUAGUUACCCAGGUGGUCACCACUGAGGUCCAAAGGACCACUGUCUCUGUUGUCCAUGAAAGACUUCCACAGGUUCCUCCACCCAGUGUAGCCAUAACCAUACAACCAGACAUAGCUAAAGUCCAGCCUUUGCCAAAACAGAAUGGGAAGAUCAUCUACCCUGGUGAUGUUAUUGAUUUACGUACCAUGAAGGCUGGAGUAAAGAUGACUGAGCAAGGCAUGGACCUGACACCACCUGAGUCAUGUCGGCAGUCUGUUUCAAGUGACUCUAGUUUGCGUCAAAUUACAGCAGUGCAGCCUGAGAUCGUAAAUCUUAGUGCAGAAAUCACACCUGCAACCACACUGUCUGUUGUCACAGACAGCAUAACAAUAGUCACAUGUACUGCAACCAUUUCAUCAUAUAACAACACACCAGCGGAAAAACCACUUGAUUUGCAAGGACCUGUUGUGUCAUUACCUCUACCUCUGACCACAUACAAACCAUUUGAACCAUUAGCACAGAUUGUAUACAGACCGGUGAGUUCCCAGGCUGUAGCCAGUGCUGUACCACCCACAGCUCAAGAAAUACCAAUAAAUCUUUCCUAUGGAGUCUCCUCUGGAGGUAAGCCGCCUUUAUCUCCAGCAAAGGCAUCUGUCAGCAAUGGAGGUCCAGUCCAUUCUCUAGAGGCCACAGGCGCCAUGGAUUUGUCAAACUACAGACCGGUGAGAGCUAUGGUAGCUUUGUCUGGGACAAGUCCAGGAGUUGUGACUACUGUUGUAGAAGAUGAUGGAACUCCAGUUGACCUUACAGCUGGUAGGAGAAGUGUUUGCUGUGAUGUCAUUUACAAGCUACCAUUUACAGGAAGCUGUAGAACACAGCCCCCGGUCACAACUCAGCCUGACAAUCGUUUUGGCUAUAGGGAUGACCACUACCAGUAUGAUCAUGCUGGACUGUAUGGUGUUAAAGGCAUGAAUGGUAUAAAAUCUUCAGUGUCUGAGACAAAUCUGACAGAGGCCGGGCUGUUCGCCUAUGAUCCCAAGAGUGACUAUGACUAUAUCAGUGGAUCUACGGAUGGCGCCAUAGACCUAACAGCUACAAAACUUUCUGCCGGUAAACCUCUUGACUACACUAGCAAAGCUACUGGAAGCUACCCUGGGAUGACUACAGCCCCAUACUCCCAGGUCCCUGCAGCUGGAUUUGGUGUAAACAGUGUUCUAAGAACCUCAGAUGGAAUAGUGUAUUCCUCUGUAGCUGCUCCAGUCCCAUCCACAUAUGCAAUCACCACUCAACCAGGCUCUAUCUUUAGUACUACCUUAACACCCACAUCAACUGUCCAGAACCAGGCAUUGCCACAUCCGUAUGGUUUCAUUCCAACUACAGACCCAGGACAGAUAAUUGCUUUUGACACAGGAAUACCCAAGGAGCUACUCCCCACUGCUUUGGCUGAUAUCAUAACAGGCUAUCCAGAUAUGUACUCAGACACAACCCUGGAAGCAUUAGCAGCCUCUCUCGACGCCUUGGCCUCCUCCCCCAUUUUCCCUGGCUUAGACAACACUAAAAUGGCCCAGUAUCAGAUGGAGAGAGAGUUUCUAGAGCUUGAGAAGCUUAAGCAACUAUGUCUUGCUGAGGAGCUGGAAUGGGAGAGGCAAGAGAUUCAGCGUUAUCGUGAACAAGAGCAGUUCAUGGUCCAAAGGGAGCUAGAAGAGCUCCAGGCCCUGAAACAGCAGCUUCUCCUUCAGCAAGAAGAAGAGCACCAUGCCCACAUGGUGGCUCAGCAGGAGACUUAUGCCCAGCAGAAAGAGCAAUUGCAACAAAUCCAACAACUCCAACUGCAACUCCAGCGCCAGCUAGAUGAACACUAUGGUAGCACUGGAACCACCGGGAACCUACUAGAUGCCAAAUAUGCAGGGGUCGGGGACAGUGGCCAGUACUGGCCUGUCAAGGAUGAGUGUAUAAGCCCAUCUUCUGGAACACAGCUUGACGAAGGUCAGGAUCAACUUAAUUUAGUUAAGAAGCUUCAAGCUGAUCAGGACACAGGGAAAAAAAUUAUUGAUAGUGGAGUGCAGACAGAUGAUGAAGAUUCAACAGAAAAGCAGCAUGUAGGAAGAAGAAAGAAAACUAAGAGAGAUACUGAUAGCUCAGCCCAGACUGAUGAUGAGGAUCAAGAUGAAUGGGACGCUCCAACAAAAGCCAGACGACGCUCGCGAAAGCAUAGCAGCGAAGGCAAACAUGGCUCCAAGGUCUCUAGCAUUGCGAUUCAGACCGUAGCAGAGAUAUCUGUCCAGACAGACCACUCUGGAACUAUCAAACGACCCAAUGUCCAAAUGGACACAAAAGUGGAAAUUGUCAAGCAUAUAUCAGCUCCAGAGAACUCUCAGAGAGGUGGUAGUCUAAGCUGUCAGACAGACUCGGACAGAAGGCACGCACCAGCUGAAGUGGCCUACAGCACACAUCUAACAGCGGACAUUCCCUUGAAGCACAAAGUCUUCUACAAUCAAGUUUCGCCCCUAUCUCCAGAAAAGUCUCUCGGAGGACAGAGAAUGUUGACUGCUGAUCCAACAAGAUUCUCUUCUGGCCCUAGAAUAUUAAAGGCUGGACAGAAAUCUUUGUCUGAUCCUAAAUCCCUCAGUCCCUCAACAGACGACAGAUACUAUGGAGACGGCUAUUCUGGCCGUGGCUCUCCCUCUGGCACAGGUAAAAAGGUAAAGCGGACACUACCUGACCCCCCUCCUGAGGAUGACUCACUGGCAGGACGGUCAGGCUACAGCACCAACUCUGCUCGGCGACGUCUUGCUCGCAGUACAACAAUUGCCCGGGCUAAGAUCCUGCAGGACAUUGACAAGGAGCUUGAUCUGGUGGAGAGAGAAUCUUCCAAACUUCGCAAGAAACAGGCUGAACUGGAUGAAGAGGAAAAAGAGAUUGAUGCCAAACUACGAUACCUGGAGAUGGGUAUCAACCGACGUAAGGAAGCCUUGUUGAAAGAACGAGAGAAGAGAGAGCGAGCCUAUCUUCAGGGGGUGGCGGAGGAAAGAGACUACAUGUCAGACAGUGAAGUUAGCAACAUCAGAGAGGCCAGAGGUGAUGGCCUGGAGAGACCACGGACAGCACCCCAGUCGGAGUUUGACCAAUUCAUCCCUCCACAAACAGAAGCUGAUUCUCAGUAUAACACACUAACUAGUCCCUACUCUCCCUAUGCCCAGUAUGUUCCCCAGACCCAAACCACCAGCCACUAUACCCAACAGAAUAUAUAUCAGCAACAGUCCCUUUAUCACCAACAGGUGUCUCCUUACCCAACACUAUCCCUCACUCAUGGCCAGACGCAGCCAAGCAGCUACCAACAUGCUCUGCUCUUGCAGCAGGGAAAGCAACGACAGUCUACCCUGUCUGAUUUAGAGCCCAAGAUGAGCACCAACUAUGAAGUGAUGCGCAACCAGCCUCUACUCAUUGUGCCAACCUCUACAGAAAGUGGCUAUGGGGUGGCUCACCUUGGGGGAAAGUAUGGCAACUUGGACUUGAGACUGGGACUAGAGGAGAGAAGCAUGGCCUCUAGUCCCAUGUCUAGCAUUUCUGCUGAUUCCUUUUAUGCUGAUAUUGACCACCACAAUGCCAGGAACUAUGUGCUAAUCGAAGAUAUAGGGGAGCUCACCAAGACCUCAACAGGGUUAAACAACAGUGGCUUGAGUGCUGGAUUCAGCUUGCCUGAUAAGGAGUUGUCCAAGGCAGACAGACUACUGAGGGCAGCAGAAGUCAGGCGCACAGCAGAGGUGGCAGAUUUUUUAGGCUCAUCUCGGCUUCAGGGUUAUGGCAAAGGUGAAGAUGACACUAUGGAGGAGCCCUAUGAGCUGAAGCUUCUAAAGCAGCAAAUUAAGCAGGAGUUCAGACGGGGAACUGAGGGACUAGAGCACUUGACAGGCCUUGGCCUACCCCAGUAUCUCCCCAGCGAUAGCAGUUUUCGCCACUUCCCCAAAGGAGAGAAAUAUAGCAUUGGGAGGCUUACCCUUGAAAAGCAGGCUGCAAAGCAACUCCCAGCAGCUGUGCUUUACCAGAAACAGAUGAAGAACAAAAAAGCCCUAAUAGACCCAAAGGCCAUCACAAAAUUUUCCCCAAUUCAGGAGAGUAGGGACCUGGAGCCUGACUUUGGCAGCUAUAUGGGAUCUGGGGCGUCCUCUGUAACAAAUCUGGCUGCUACUGCAAGGCUGCUUCAGGAUGAGAUUACGUUUGGGAUCAGAAAAAACUUGUCUGAACAGCAGAAAUAUCUAGGCUCCUCUUUGGGGGCCAAUCUAGCUGGUUCUCUUAAUCUUGGGCAGUCCAUUGGACUGGGAUCCACUAUCAGGGCAACAGUCCAAGAUGAUGGGACCUACCCAAGUGGAUCCCGUUCCAGACCCUCAUCUCGUCCCUCCUCUCGCCCCUCUUCAGUUUAUGGCUUGGAUUUAUCUAUCAAAAGGGAUUUAUCCAGCUCCUCCCUUAGACUUAAAACAGAGGGAGAAGUCCUGGAUGCAGCAUUUGCCCCUGGGGUGGCCCGAGCAAAACCAACUAGUUUACCUAUCAGCCAAAGCAGAGGCCGUAUCCCCAUUGUGGCUCAGAACUCUGAAGAGGAGAGCCCUCUGAGUCCAGUGGGGCAGCCAAUGGGUAUGGCCAGAGCCUCAGCUGGACCUCUACCUCCAAUCUCUGCUGAUUCCAGGGACCAGUUUGGGUCCAGCCAUUCCCUGCCAGAGGUACAGCAACAUAUGAGGGAGGAGUCUCGGACACGAGGCUAUGAUAGAGACAUCGCAUUCAUCAUGGAUGACUUGCAAGGUGCAAUGUCUGACAGUGAAGCACUAAGUGAGUCCAUGGUGGCUUUGAACAGAGAUGAUGCCAGAAUCUUUCAUGAAAGUAUCAGACACGCUGGAGGCCCAAACUGGAAUAUAGAAGCCUAUCAUCUAAGGAAUGAGGACACAGACUGGUUUGAUAAGCCGAGAGAAGGGCAUCCACAGACUGGGAGCAUGUCAGACAGGAGACAGAUGAAGCUGGUCCCAUAUAACUUCCCUCACACUCGCUUUAAGCUUAAGAGAGACCUGAAGGACACCAGUGUGUCUGGGAACGGGCUUGGUAUCCGUGUGGUAGGUGGGAAGCUGAUCCCAGGGAGCCGAGGAGAGAUCGGAGCCUACAUUGCGAAGGUUAUCCCUGGUGGAGCAGCAGAACAGACAGGAAAAGUUGUAGAAGGAAUGCAGGUGUUAGAGUGGAAUGGAAUCUCUCUGACUGGAAAGACUUAUGAAGAAGUGCAGUGCAUCGUGGGCCAGCCAUGUGCCGAGGCGGAGCUCUGUGUGAGACUUGACCUUAACAUGCUGUCUGACCCUGAGCACCCACAAGCCCUGGAGCACCAUGUCCAGCUUAAGGCUGUAGCUGGGCAGCGCUCACCUGGAGUUGAUCCAAAGCAGUUAGCUGCAGAGCUGCAGAAGGUGUCCCAGCAGCAGGGUCCUGGUGUUGGGCCUGGGGGUUUGGGGGUCCUCUCUGCAUUGGAGCGCUCUGCCCUGCUGCACUCAGGUACUGGAUCUGCAGCCUCAAGUGGUGUACCGAGCCCCGGCCAGCCUGCAUCUCCGGCUAUAAACAAGAAGCAACGGCAAAAGCAAACUGACUCACUGAGGACACCUCACCUGAUCACUGGAGAGAUUCAGCUCCAGAUCAACUAUGACAGGAACCUCGGAAACCUGAUCGUCCACGUCCUGCAGGCUAGAAACCUGGCCCAGAGGGACAAUGACAGCUACUCAGACCCUUUUGUCAAGGUCUACCUCUUGCCUGGGAGAGGCCAAGUCAUGGUUGUCCAGAAUGCAAGUGCUGAUAACAAGAGAAGGACCAAGUAUGCCCAGAGGACCCUGAACCCUGAGUGGAACCAGACUGUCAUCUACAAGAACAUCCAUCUGGAGCAGUUAAAGAAAAAGACGCUGGAGGUCACAGUGUGGGACUAUGACAGAUCCUCCUCCAAUGACUUCCUCGGAGAAGUGCUGAUUGACUUGUCAAACACAGCCCAGCUAGACAACACUCCUCGCUGGCUGCCUCUUAAGGAGCAGAGUGAGAGCAUUGAACACAGCCGAGCACAUCACGCUGCUCAAUGCCCACCAGGCUCCGGCUCCGGUCAGGGAUAUGGCCAAGGCCACAUGUCAGGGCCUGGGAUGGGGCCUGGGUAUGGCACAGGGCCAGGCCAAGGACCAGGACUGGGAGACGGGAGUCAUGAUUCACCAAAAAACUCUGUGAUCAAGAGUAGAAGCCACGGAAUAUUCCCUGAUCCAGCAAAAGAUAUGCAGAUGCUGCCUUUAGAAAAGUCUCACAGCAGCCCAGGCAGCUCCAAGUCUUCCUCUGAUGGCCAACUGCGCUCCCAUGGCCCCUCCCGAAGCCAAAGCAAGAGCAGCGUCACUCAGGCCCACCUGGAAGACGCUGGGAUAGCCAUUGCUGCUGCCGAGGCUGCCGUGCAACAGUCCCGCCUGCAACCAAAACCAGGACACAGACUGGCUGAUGUCUCAGGGUCAGUGGUGUUGUCUGCCCCAAGUCUCGUCGGAGAUGCCUACGGAGGCCUAGAGGGGGAUGAUGGGGAGGACACUGGAGUGGACAGUGCCAUUUUUCAAGUGCCACGCAUUGGGAAGACUAUUCCUAACGGCACUGACAAAAACCAACUAGGGAGUUCAGAAGAUGAAGGUGGUAAAACCCAAGUCAUGGGGGAGAUCAAGGUGGCUCUCAAGAAGGAAGUGAAGACAGAGGGAGAUCAGCUAGUCUUGGAGAUCCUUCAGUGCAGAAACAUCACCUACAAAUUCAAGAGUCCAGAUCAUCUACCAGACCUGUAUGUGAAGUUGUAUGUGGUAAAUGUGGCCACUCAGAAGAGGAUCAUCAAGAAGAAGACCAGAGUUUGUCGACAUGACAGAGAGCCUUCUUUCAAUGAGACCUUCAGGUUCCCCCUCAACCCAACUGGACACUCCAUUCAGCUUUUCUUGGUGUCAAAUGGGGGCAAGUUUGUGAAGAAGACCCUGAUAGGGGAAGCCUACAUCUGGCUGGACAAGGUGGACAUGAGGAAGAGAGUGGUCAGCUGGCACAAGUUGUUUGUCAGCUCCACUCAGACCAACCCCUGAGCAUCACGUCAGAGAGAAGAAGAUGUGGCAGAGCCAUGAAGGUGAAGUCAUAAUGACGCAGAAUGUACUAGACACUGAUUUGACAAAAAAAGAUAAAAACAAAAGAAAAGAGCAAGAAGAGGAAGUAAAAAGAUCCAGUUUAAUUCCUCCAUUCUUCCUUUACUUCUUAGUUUAAGCGUUAUGAAAAAGAGGGAAUUGCGUGCUUGUACCAUAACAACUCUUAUCAGUCCAACACUGCCAGCACACUUCCACCUCUUCAUGUCAGGAGUCGAAUGGCUGCAGACAUUGCAGUAAUGACUCUAAGAGAAUUGUUGUCUUCUAACGUUUAUUCAAAGCCCUGAUCCAUAUGAGUCUUAGUUAUUCUGGUGCUGUGCAACUGAACUAACAUAUCUAUAAGGAGGAAAGAUUUAAAAAGUUGAGUUAAUAUUGUGCUUUCCUCAAAGAAGAGUCGUCGUUGUAAUGCAGAAUGAUGGUCGUGAUGUGUGUGGACGUAAGUGUUCUCAACAUUUUUGAUGAUGAAGGAAUGCAAAGUGUUUGUGUAUGAUAGUCUUUAAGUUUCAUGUAAAGAAAAAAAAUAUGUAGAAGUCAGAGUUAUGGAUGAAAAAUGUACAGCACUUCAGAUUGUACAUAUGUCACAUGCAGGUUCCAGAGCAUAUCAGAGAAUCACAUUGUACAGAGUGAUCUUUAUAUAAUAUACAAAGAUAUCAGAUGCAGAAUAUAUAUCUAAAUACAGUAUACAGUAUAAGAGUUGUCACUAGAUGAUAUAUAAUAAAUAUAGACAUAUGAUCUCUAUUAGACUGAGGCUAUGGGUGACGCACUGACAAUCUUACUUGAGGGUAUACGCAGUAAUAGGCAGUCUGUGAAUGUGGACCUAUGUGAGCUUAAAACAGCUCUGUGGUCCUCUGAUGCACCACUAAACAGAUUAUAUUUGUUCAUGGGCGACAUCUGGUGACAUACUGCUGUCUCACAGGCAUCCUGCUGAGUACAGCAGUUAAAUGAAAAGCAUUUAGUCUUUCGAGUUCUGAAACACAUUGCAUUGAAUGUUAUAAGCCAACUCUAGAGGACGACCAGAGUUAAUCACAUCCGUGUCAUGUGUGCAUUUUAUGUUAAGGCUGUUGUAGUUAGUCAGAGUAGACUCACUCUUUUCUGUAGCCCAUAAUGUUAAAACAUUGUUAACAUGGACUUGUUGUGUCAAAACCGUACGUAGAUCUGCAACUGUCAUCACUUCAGUAUGGCAGCUCUGCUUUCUUUGUAUUAGUAAACCCCUUGGUAUGAGUUUCACUCAAAAUUUCUUAAGAAUAUCGGGAAAAAAGUCAAAUGUCAAGGCUCCCUCUUGUUUGUCUGGCUGUGCUGUAAACCUCACUGUGCUGUUUUGUGUCAGUGAACCAGCCUCUCUCACUGCCUGUGAAUGCUCGCUCAGGCCUGCCACGGUUCAGUCAUAUUGAAGUCUGAAGAAGACACAGGGCCAAGUCUGAGUACUAAUGUGGAGCAGAAGAGCCCUGUUCGGCCACCUUAUCUACAGAAUAAUGAUGAAUUGAAAUAUCAAGUGACCCUUGGAGCUACUUUCAUAAAGGCAUAUCACAGGGCUGAUGCAAUAUUUAAAAAUUAAACCAACAAACACACUUAAAACAAGAUGUCACUUCAACCUAAGAAGAAAAGAAAAAAUAAAGAAGGGAAUACGGAUGAUUUUUUAGUGGUUGCUGUGCCAACUUUUUUGUUUUUUAAUUAUUCCAGACCCAUCGGUUCUUAUUCUAUGCAACAUAGAUGUGUUUGAAUGCAUUUGUUUUUGGAACUAAAUGUUAUAUCUGUGAACAUAGUCUUUAAAUAUGUCCUAUAGAUAAAAAAUAACUUUAAUUUGUACAUCAUUGAAAGAAAAUGUUGAAUAUAUUGAGUUUUUUACUGAUUUUAAUAUAAAUUGAUGUUAACAGUUGUUAGCAUUAACAUUGAGCUUGUGCACUUUAUUAGGAUGUUUAUUUUCUUGUCUCAUUUUAACCAUCAACAACAUGCAAGAUUAUGUGUUUUGUGUUUCUGCACUGAGACGAAGUGAAUCAUGGUGUAUGUGGUGGCAGAAAAAAGGUGUGUUUUGUAUCAUUGUGGCAAAAGAAAAACAUGCAGACAUUUAGGGGUUCCUAUAAAACACAAUGCACAACGUGGGCUAAAGUCAACCUAAAUACAUCAUGCUCAUAGUCUAAAUAACAGUCUGUGUACAGUAAAUAUCCCAUAAUCCCUUAAUGCACAGUCAUGACUGUUUAACCCCUUGUGUUUUCUUCGCCUUCCCUUGAGCUGAAUACUGUUUGUUUAGGUCAGCUGUUGCCUGUUAUUGUGAAACCAUCCAUUUGUUGUUGUUCUGAGGGGUGUGAAUGUGACUCGAGUCCUUCGACAUGUGUACAUAAAGUGUUUAUUUUCUACAAAGAUUGAAUGUUUAUAUUGUCUGAAGUUUGAGCAUGUGAGUGUUGAAAAAAAAUCACAAUAGACUUAAAAUUGUACAGCAAUGCGUGUCUAUAAUUGUAAAAGGGGAGUUGACUGUGUUAUCAUGUGCUGUCAACCAAUGACUAUCUGUGCAACCACGUCCCAAAAAAACAGUUGAAACAACACAAAGGGGAAAAAAACCUAUCCAACUUCAGUAGUUGUCUGAGACUUUAUGUUUUGGAUGUUGCAUGUUCUGUUGAUGGUUUGUCUGUAUAUUUUGCCUACAGAUUAUGUUCAAAAAGAGACAGAAUAUGUAUAGAUUUAUCUGUAUGCUGACUGUAAAGAGAUAUGCUUGUACAAUUGUCUUGUUUUUCACUUAGUGUAAAAACAAAGAAUCUAAUGUUAUGGUUUUGUGGUUGUACACAGGAUGUGUUGAGAUAUUAUGCAAAUUGUGCUGUAAAAAAUCAGCUGUUCCCCCCUGAGUCUAAAGAAUAAAUAUUAA